CUCAGAAAUCAUACCCAGCCCUGAGUGCCAGUCCUCCGCUGGUCUCAUAAUACCUCUGUCAUUUCCUCCCAUAAUCCGCACAACCGCGUUUCCUCUCUCCCUCUUCUUCCCUUUUCUUCCUGCUCCUCUUCCUCUCACACAUCCAUCAAAAUCCCCUCUACCUCGACACAUCGAAAGACUCGAAUCCCUUUCACCGCAUCGAGUUUGACCACUCCCAAUCCACAUUUUUUGUGCCAAACCCCCAAGGCACAAAUCGGCAGACACCAGUCGGUGAUAGACCCUCCCGCGCUUAGACAGGCGAUCUCUCAUCACAUUUUAUCCGCCGACUCAUCUGGUUCAACUUGCCGGACGACGAUAGAGGCACAAGCGCCGCCAUAUGAGCCACGGCUUCUAUCCGACGUACGAACACACAUCUCUGUCUCUUCAGCACUUUGUUGAAGGGCGCCCGCUUCACCAGGCACUAGACCGGCACCACAAAGCAUCGGCAUCGAAAAGAAAUUCAGAACUUCCCACCGGUCCAGGUUCACGGUAUCUUCGCGAACCCACACCCCUCCUCGAGUCUCACUCCCAGACCCAGUUGAAAUUAGCACACUCGGACUAGUCUCGACGAGGGAUUCUAACAGUGUGUCUUGGAAGAAAUAUUCAAAAAGCCGCCACAAAGAGCAGCGUGGUAACUUGACCAACGCUAGGCGGCUUUUCUUUCUCAGCUCCGGAUCUUUCGACACACCCAACUGGAGCCAGCAUCACCCCCGAUCUAUUGCCCCCCCUUCCUUUUCCACCCCCUUCCCAUCACACGCCCCCCCAAGCCCAAGCCCAAGAGAAAGAUACAUGCGGUGACCUUCCCGUCCCGCCACCACGCAUACCACACGCGCCCGAUAGCUUGAUCAGAUCUUGCCUACCGGGUACCCAGCUAGAGAAAGAGAGAGAGAGAGAGGUUCGACUAACCUAACCUAACUUCGUCUUCUCGUCCCAGGCCAAGCCACACCACACCACACCUUACCACCACAUACUCUGUCUUUGGUUGGUUUGGUUUCGCUCGCCCAUCUUUCACUCUUGCACUCUUUCACUCAUCUCUGUAACCCUUCUUCCCUGCCCGGUUUUUAUUCUUACAUGACUCUGAGCCUCCCACCUUGGACCGUCUCUCCUAUCAUCUCCACCCAUCUACACCAAACUUCACCGGACUCCCGUCUUGACACCGACCUCACGGACUAAGGCUCACUCUCGUCCCCUCACGCCUUGGUCGAGUCAGAUGCACAGAGACCUACAUUCGCAUCUGGGGUUUUAAUCACCAUUCAUCUGUUCUCCCGGCAAACCCGCUAUGGAAGCGGGCGGAUCUGGUACUAGGCAAAGCCGUCCACCUUCUGCCAGCAACCCUGAUCGCUUUGAACCUCGUCAUCUCCCACCCAGAGAGCCUCUCGAUAAUAGACAUUACCGCGACGGCCCCGCCAUGGCGACCGCAGCCCUUAUUAGCCCGAGCUCCCAUUACGGUCCUCCCUCGUCCUUCUCUUCCGGCUAUCAACACCACCCAGCUCCAGGACCAAGCAUCGCAGGCAUGAUUUCGCCGAUUGAACCUCGACGACCAUCAGACGAGUCGGAGACUCCUCAUCGACAGUCGCUCCCUUCGCUCUCAGAGGUCAUCUCUGGUGCAAAGCCCAGCCCAUACCCCCCUUCUCAGGGUUCCAGCAUGUCGGGCUCUCAAAGUUUCCCCUCGCCCUUUGCACCUGGACCUCCAAGGUCCUACGCCGAGUCGACGGACAAGAACUCGCCUCGACCUCCUGUUCCUGCUUCGACCUUCGCGCCGAGGCAAGAUGCUCUCCCGGCCAUCUCAGAUCCCCCGAGACCUCCUCCAUUCGCAGGUCGACCGCCUGCGCCAUUGGGCGGGUUCUCUGGACCUCAGCCGAGCCCUCCUCUCAAGCAUGAGCACAUGCGCGAUAUGCGCGAGAGCGAUGCGCGUGCCCCCGAGAACGCUGGCCCAUACGCUCAACAUUCCAUUCCACCUCCGCCGACGAUAUAUCCGCAUCCCCAACAUCCGGGCCAGCUUCCGCCAGGCCAAGUCCCGUUGCCUGGGUAUCCUGUCUCUCCGCGCCACGCCGGUCCACCUCCCCCUUUCCCCUACGAGGCCCAGCGCCCGACAGCUCACAGAGAGGACCCCGAGUAUGGUCCUGCGCGGGUCAGGACACACCUAGACGCGUGGGGGUAUCAGGAUUGUUUUUCUAGAUUCACUCAGAUUGGUUCAGCAACAAGAACGAUCUAUAACUUCGCCGAGGCCUAUGGCAAGAUUGCUGCGGAACAGCAGGGCGCUCAUCAUCCACUGCACGAUCGACUUCCCACCGAGCAGGAAUUGAACGAAAUGAUUGAUAAUGUGGAGUACAUCCGGAACUCACUGGAUUCGGUGCGACAGGUUGUCAAGGAAAGCAAUGAACGUGUAAGGGCGGCUGGAAAACAGAAGGGCUACGAUGACGAAGACACGCCCAUGUACGACGGCAUGAACAAGACCUAUGGCAUCACCGAAGUCAAGAAGCGCAGAGGGAGAGCUGCACCUCCUGGAAGAUGCCAUAGCUGCAACCGAAUCGAUACCCCGGAAUGGCGCCGAGGCCCUGAUGGUGCACGCACACUUUGCAACGCAUGUGGACUGCAUUAUGCUAAACUGGAGCGGAAGCGCCAACUCGAGGCUCGACAAAUCCGACCUAAGCCCUCUGAUGAGAGAAGCUGAAAAGCGCCUUGGUCCGUCAAGGGAACCCGAGAUACAAAGUACAUAUACGGACGAGCUCUACCUUCAUCGGCCGGUCUGCAACCAGUUUGACCCGACAAUCGGCCUGGUCCGCGCCAUUACACAAACACACAUAUACACACAUAACAGAUACCCCCUUACUGCCUAACGGCUUAUUAUCCAUCCAGCAGCGCCUGCACUGCGUUAUCUUCAUGCAACUAGCAACAAACUGGCUACACCUACUUUACCUCAAAUUUUCUUUUUCAAUACCCGGCAUCGAAUUCAUCUUGAAUGUAUAUAUCCUGCUCUUCAACAUAUUCAUCGGACGGGCACCAAGGGACUAGGCAUUCAUCCGGCGGCGUUUACUGCAUUUUGAUCUCGACACUUUCCUUGUCUUGUUUUGUUCACAUCCUGCAAAGGGAAGCGGAAUAUCGGCUUUUUAGACAAAAUAUGGGGCGUCAAACGAAUAGGACGCCACAAGACACGCCUUUGGAGCGAGCAACCGCAGACCGACAGUCGAUCGUUACCAAAGCAAACAACGUCUUAUCAUUUCCUUCCAACAUUUUUUCCUUGUCUGCGAUUGGCAGAAGAGAUGGUGUUUCCCGGCGAGGACUAAGUAAGAAAAAACGGCACACGUCGGGAAGACGUGAAGCGUUCCGAUCAGUCCUCAUGGGGAGAGAGAGAAGUAGACGACGAUAUCGGAGUCGUAUUUCUUGCGAGAAACAAAAACGGGCAGCUUUUUCUUUUUACUCUACUUCAACUUGGGCGCAAGGACGUGCAAACUUGGCAUUUUACCACUGUUAUCACACAUAUUCCUGGGAAAUCGGGAUGAGGGAUUGGAUUCCCCCAUUGAUGCCACGGACCAUGCGAGGGCACCAACAACAACACAACAGUUUUAGCUGAUUUUUAAUUGUACGAGUAGCCAUACAAGGCGAAAUACCACCAGGAGGCGGCGGCGGCUAGGAGUGGCGGAAAAGGAAGUCAGGAGGGCGGCUAGUUCAGUUGUACCUACGCUUUCAAUACAGGAUUCAAGAAAUCUGAUGAAUAACCGAGA